AUGUACUCUCCGCGCUCCAUCCUCGGCUCCUCCCGCUCUCCCAACAUCGCCUCGCCUGCGAGCCAGGUCUGGCCUUACACUAACACAUACUCAGCUCUCAACCCCAUAACCAAGCCCACUUUUAUUAACACUAAUAACCACUACACACCGCGCGGUAAAGAAAAUCGCCCAGCCAUACCCCAUCAAACCACCACUCCCAAACCAACCACCGCUCCCACACAGGGCGUCCAGAGUCUAUAUAACCCACUCCUAGACUACGACUCGGACAACAGCGUCUCAAACUACCCUCCUCGUGUCCACGCAAUGUCUACUAUGAACUACGAUCAACGCGUACAACAGGAGAUGUCGAGGCAUGAAUGCUUGCUCGUUCGCAUUGGGCGCAUCCGGCCUCCGCCGCUGCCUCGCGUUACUACGCCGAAGCCCGCUUUGCAGUACCAGUACCAGUAUCCGUCUCAGCCUCAGUACUCGCCUCAGCCUCAGUACCCGCCUCAGCCUCAGUACCCACCUCAGUACUCUUCUCAGUACGCUCAAGGUGGCUGGCCUACAUCAUACACGCCCGGCGCACCGCUCCCAGUGCCGGCAUCUGCGUCCUCAUGGGCUCAUACCCCGCCUCAGCCGGCGCCACCGACAUACCUCCCCUUCCCCGUCCCCAUCGGCUACUUCCACGCCAACAACAUCAACACCAUCCAACCCACCCACCACAUCAACGCCAUCCAACCCACCCCCACCACCACGCACACCACCGACCAAGCCUCCUGGAUCCGCACAAUGGACGAACUCGACAAACAGCACCUCCGAGACGUCUCCUCCGACUACAGGUACUGGCGCGCCGAGCAGUUCCAGGCGCGCGCGGUGGUGGCGUAUGAGGAGAAGAGGAUGAAGAGGGAGAGGGAGGAGGCGCAUAGGGAGGAGCUGAGGAGGAUAUUCAAUGGGGAGCUGCCGGGCGCACUGGUCAAGCCUAAGAAGGAGUCUAGGGAGGAGCCGGCUCAUCAGCGCGCUGCUGAGGGGCAGACGAUGGAGGGGCUUUCUCCAAAUGAACCCGGCGCGGGGUAUGAGCGCGAGCUGGUGCAGGUGUAUAUGAUCCCGACGCCCGCGGAGAAGUACUCGUAUGUGUCCCGAGGCCCGUCCCCGACGCCGCGAUAUUCUUCCUCUUCGUCGUCGUCCGAUGCCGAGGGAACGCUCGCCAACACAUCCCUGCCGUACUCCGACAUCAGCGCCUCGCCGACCAUCAACACCCCUCCCUCACCAAAGGUCUUCCCACCAGUUAAACGCCUCUUGGACACCACCAACAAUUCGCCCAACGAUACCUUCCCGUCCAUCUACCCCUCCCUUGACAUAUUCACCGCCCCCUCGGUUUACGAAUCGCGCCGCGAGGAAUUCAGGAAGCACAUGAUCGAGCUGUUCGCUGCGCGUACGCGCCAGGUUGGGCCGACGUGCGACGAUGUGGAUCGGGCGGAGUAUAGCGAUGAGGGGUGCGAGACGGAGAGCGACGAGGAAGGUUGUGGUGGAGGGAAGGGGUGGGCGGACGAUGAGCUUACGGAGGACGAUGUCAGUUUUGAAGGAGGCUUUGUUGACUGCGAUUGA